CUACGGUACCAAAAUGCCUCUCGCUGCAGAUUCCUCAGCAGUCUACAUCCAAAACACCGCGCCUGGCUUUAUCUCCACACCAGGGCGGUCACCGACUGCAGUCACGGUCCACCCGGUGGCUCUGUUCUCUAUACUCGACCAUUACCUGCGCCGUACAGAGUCACAGGAGAGAGUGAUUGGCACCCUCCUUGGAAAACGCUCCGACAAUGGAGAAAUCGAAGUGCGCUCUUCUUUCGCCGUCCUACACAGCGAAACGGAGGAGCAAGUCGCGGUAGACAUGGACUACCUCAAAACGAUGUACGAUCUGCACCACAAGGUGAACCCUAAAGAGGUCAUCGUAGGAUGGUACUCCACCGGGUCGAACCUCAACACAUAUUCUGCCCUCAUCCAUAACUUCUACGCGCAAGAGGCGGCACCCCACCAGGUAGUGCACUUGGCAGUAAACACGGGUAUAGUGGAAGGAGAGAAGGCGGGUAUAAAAGCAUACAUUGGGUCACCCGUUGGUGUAUACCCUAAGCCCGAAAAUUGUGUCUUCGUUCCCAUUCCAUGCGAGCUACGGUUCCACGAUACCGAGCGCAGUGGCCUCGACCUGUUGACCACAACAUCCACCGCUCCCAACUCCACCACCCCGCAUCCCGUAACUGACCUUGCGGUCCUUGAACAGUCUCUCAAGUCCGUCGCGGACAUGCUUGACCGGGUCCUCUCGUAUGUGCACUCGGUCCUCGCGGGCGAGGUCAAGGGAGAUGCUGCCGUCGGGCGGUACCUCAUGGAUACACUAGGCACGAGCACGGAGGAUCUGGAGAAAGGAGGGUUCAACUCAAGCUUGCAGGAUACACUCAUGGUGUCGUACCUUGCCAGUCUCGUACGUUCGCAGGCGGAAGUGUCGGCACGGCUUGCACUAGUCGCAUCAACAUAGUCCUUUAGAUAUGUGUAUUUAUCUCUUGCAGUGAUCUCUUGCCCACCAAGGUGUACGCGAAAUCGUGUUGUACGUCGUUCGUAGCUGCAUCAGCUGUUGAAAAUCCGCGAAUGUUGGAGAUCAUGCCGCGCAGCCAGGAUCUCGCCCAAUGGCCAGGUUACUGCGGGCCCAUGCGUGGUCUGCCCACCGA